AUGUGUGAGAACAAAAGUCUAACGGGCGACUUUAACGUUAAUACACGUAUCAUACCAAGGCGAUUAUAUCAAAUUCAACCGAAAAAAACAACUACAAACAUUUCCAGCGCAACUUCAACCAUCACAAAUUCUAUAAAAACAAACGAAGAACGCGUAUCUUCACUCUCACUUAAAGAAUCCGUUAAAAAUUUUAAUGAAAGAUUAAAAAGGGGAGAAUUGGUGAUUUACAAAUCUCCACAAGAGGCGAACAAAUUCUUUUGGUGGUGGCAUAUUGCUGCUUUUUUGCAAUUUAUAUUUUGGGCAAAUUUGGCUGAUUUAUCAUGGAGAUUUCAACAAAGGAGGAAAACAGAACAAAAAUCCAGCAACAACAUUUCAUUUCUCGAUAAAUUUAAACCAGCCAUAUUUGUUGGAUCUUAUUUAUCCGUAGGAUUUGGAAUUGGUGCUAUAAUGUUCAUUAUUCCUGCUAGGAGUGUGCAAACUAUUAGCAUAUUAAAAAAUGGAAAAAUGGCUAAGAUCAUAACAGGCAGGAAAUAUAAAUGGGGCAAAGAGAAAAAAAUUCCUGUGAAAAAGUUGUAUAUAAGCCAACCAGCUUGGAAUGGAAAAGGGAAUGCUAUAUUUCUCCGGAGUGAAAAUGAAAGAUUGGCGUACAUGCUUGAGAGAUCAGGUAAUUUUGAAGAUCCUAAGAUAUUUGAUUUAUUAUUCUAUAAAAACAAAAGUGACAAACAAGGUAAGUGA